AAUGAAAGCAAUUGUAAUGUCGUUCUAUACUUCCGCACGCAACGAUUCUGCGCUUUCCCAGGACGUUUUCGGUCUCAGACCACGUAUGACGUUCUUCCGAAAACGGCAGAAGACGCAACAUUCCAAGUCGCUCCAGCGACUCUCCGGACCCGAGAGUUCGGAUAGCUUUCGCAUUCCACAUUGCGAACGGUAUCCCGGUGAUCAUGGAGAGUUCGGAAUGGACGAGGUAGCAGGUGAGAUAUAAUGGUGCGCAUGGCGAGGCUACCCUUGAGUGCAGAGCCAGCCAGCCAAACGAACAACAUCUCUCGCCUACGCAUUUUCGUCAGCGUCAAUCGUCCUCCCAGCCGUAUUGCGAAAAGCAAUCAUCCCAAGAUGUACAACAACGCAAAGCUUCUGCUCCUAGCAGCGCUGUUCCUCACAGUCGUACCUGGCCCCAAGACUGUCGCAAGAGCAGCGGAAGUGAAGCCCGCCGGACCGCGACCGAUUCCCCUCUCGUUACCUCAAUGCGGCGAGCGAAUCCUCAAAACGGAAAUGAAGGAAGCAGGCUGCAAAGGCCAUGCAGGAGCUUGCUUGUGCAAGAGGCCUCAGCUCUACCCCACCUUCCUGUCGGCCGUGGGAGAAACAUGCGGUCAGGAUGAUCAGGACGAUGUGGAAGCCACCGUGGAUGCGUACUGCGGAUUCAGCGCGCCGAUACCGAUUGUGAGCUCCACGAGCGCGAUCGCGUCGCAUUCGCGCACCAAGUCGGCCUCGUCGACGCAUGCGACUUCGUCCCAGCACUCCGCUUCCUCCCAUCAUUCUAUCGUCCACAAGUCGUCCAGACAUACUCCCUCGCACAAGACCACGACGGCCACUACCACCACCACCGCCGCGCACAGUGCUAAAACACCCAAGUCGGUGGGCGCCGCAUCGCGUAUUGAGGGUGGUCUCACUGCCGCGUUGUUCCUCGGCGUCGUUGCAGUGCAAGGAAUUCUCGUAUUGUAAUCGGAUGGUUUCGAUUAGGAAAUCGAACAUCUCGGGGGUCCGUGAAAAGAGGACAAGGGUGUUGAUGUCUGCGCUGUGGCUUUGAUGGACUCUGGCAGGGUAAUGGAACGGUUUGCCGCAAUCAUCUGCUCGAUGCGCACUGCUGAGCACAUUUGUCGUUUGCAAUUCAAGUCUGCGUUUUCUGCUUCAACCUUCGGUCGUUUAGAUUCGCUUCAAUCGUCCGAAUCAUCUCGUUGCCGAGUUUCGUCGCCUCGGGGAACCGCGGCGCAAAGUAGUUCUGCAUCUUCUCGAACUUCUCGCGGUAGCCGUCCAUGUGGCCGAGAGAUACUCGUUCACUCCAGUCCUGUAAUAUCGAUGGUUAGAAGCCUGU